AUGUCUCCGUCUACUCGUACUUUAUCAUCUUCAUCAUCAUCAUCUACUUCAACUUUAGAUACUUCAAAAUCUUUUACAACUAAUGAUACCAAUCCAUCCAAAUCUGCCAACAAUGACGAUGAUUUGAACCAUCACCUACCUUCUUUGGCCCUGUUUCCUCAUCCUGCGUUACACAAUCCUACAAGGUUUCUUCCACAAAAUCAAGCUAUCUUGACGACGUAUGACGAUUGGAAGAUUAUCUUGUCUAACAAUAUUGCUUCUUUUGUUCUGGUGGGUGGUAGCAGUGGUACUAACGGCUAUGUCCGUCCUUCUUCUUUGGUGGGUAAAUCGGUCUUGGACUACAUCGACGUUUCUUUUCGUUCAAGGCUACAAGCAAUGAUUAAGAAACGACGACAAGAACUAGUACACUUGGAAGAUUCGGCUGGUGGUAUGGUACUUGUUUGUGGCAAUGUGUUACCAAUUGUGAAAGAAGAUGGUACAAAAUCUGCCGCUUCACUUUGGCUCAAGGAAAAAAGAAAUGAUACUGGAUCUUCUGUAUAUAUUUGGAUUUUUGAAGAAGGACUGAUUUGUUACGUUGAUCAAGGUAUACAAGAAUUAUUGGAUUAUGAACCUGAAUCUUUGAUGGGAAAACCUAUCGACAUUUUGAUUCCGUCCUUAGCAUUGGACAACAAUGACAACAAUCACCACAUAUUUGAUGGUACCACCAAUGAACCACUCUCAACAAAUUUAUAUUCUCAACAACAACAAAGUUCCAAGUGUUAUACUAUCCGUAUUACAUCUAUUCCAAUGAUUGCUGGUUUGGUGACUAUACGACAAGAUGGAAUCAUUGAAGGAUGUAAUGAUGUUUUCGUCAAAUAUAUGUUUGGUUAUUCACAAGAAGAAUUGGUUACUGGUCGAAAGUCUAUUACCGAUUUAAUGCCACAAUUCCCAGGAUUACUACAAAGUCUUCGGCGUGACGAUCUAUUACAACACGGGAUUAUUAUCAACAAUCUUAUUUGUAGAAAGCUAGUUGCUGAUCUUGCAGACUCAUCAUCAUGCAAAACAACCACAAUUACAACUGGAUCAGAUACCCCUACUUUUGGUGGAAAACGACUCACACAAACUCCUCACGGUCAACCACUUCCUGUCUUGAUUGCUGUUCAUCGUGAUGGCACCAAAUUUGAAAUACAGCUGCAACUGAAGUUGGUGGAAGAAUCCGACGAUGGUAUCUGCGCCUUAUGGAUUACUUUUGAUCGGGACUCGACAUUUUCUCGUUUUGGACACAAAAUGGAUGGACCUGCAUUAGAAAUAACUCAGCAUAAUGGACUUGAUGAACAAUCUUCGCCUACAUCACCAUACACUCCAUAUUCUCCUGCAUCUGUGACUUACAAUCGUCCGCGGGCCUUUUCCACGGCUUCUGUUACCAUGCCAGAGUACUCUGCUCAAACUUUAGCUUCUUGUAUCGAUGACUAUGAAAUCUUGGAUGAAAUUGGACAAGGUGCUUAUGGUUUGGUCAAAUUGGCUGUUCAUAAACAAGAUGAAACUCGGAAAAAAGUGGUGAUCAAAUAUGUAAUCAAGUCUCGUAUUUUGGUUGAUUGCUGGACAAGAGACCGAAAAUUGGGAAUGGUACCUGCUGAAAUCCAUAUUUUACACACGUUACGAAAAAUUCCUCAUGAUAAUUGUGGGGAUAUGAUGGACUAUUUUGAAGAUGAUGAUUAUUAUUAUAUAGUGAUGGAACUUCAUGGAGCAGGAAUGGAUCUUUUUGACUACAUUGAACUAAAGGAUACUAUGCAUGAAUCCGAAAUUCGAUCGAUCUUUAAACAGAUUGCCUUGGCAGUACAACAUCUUCACAUUCACAAAAUAGUACAUCGCGAUAUCAAGGAUGAAAAUGUAGUAUUAGAUCAAAAUGGCGGUAUUCGACUGAUUGAUUUUGGUAGUGCAGCUUACAUUCGACCUGGUCGACGAUAUGAAACAUUUGUUGGAACUCUUGACUAUGCAGCUCCUGAAAUUUUACGUGGUCAAACUUAUGAAGGACCUCCUCAAGAUGUAUGGGCAUUAGGGAUUCUAUUAUAUACCCUGGUUUAUCGUGAAAAUCCAUUUUAUGAUAUUGAUGAAAUCAUGGCAAGAGAAUUACGAGUCCCUUUUAUCUUUUCGGAUGGUAAUUAA